UUGGUAUCUGGUUUUUUUCUCUCUGCACUACACUCAAGGAAGGAUGGACAAGCCCUCAGAUUGGAUCAUCAUGCCAUCUGGGGCUCAGCUCAGGAGCUAGGAUGCCUAGGAUCUGGCCAACAGACUCCUGAUAGAAAGUAGAUUUAUGGGUGUCCAGCCGCUGGGGAAAUGGUGAUACUGAAGGAUGUGGAGGAGGGCAGGAGGCAGAACUCACUGGUCCUUGUGAGCAUCCUGAAGCUGGACCAGGACCGUGGCUGCCUAGACCAGAGCUUCCUUCUUUAGGAUUCCAGCAGAUACUAAUGACCAGCUAAGACAUCCAACCUAGCAGACUGAGCAGCUACUGGAGUCUUCAACCUUCCAUUGGUGGGCAGCCAUUGUUGGAUUAGCUGAACCACAGCCUGUUGUUUUUCCUCCAGUAGCCUGAACACCAGCUGAUCUGUAAGAAAACCUGCCAGGAUCCCCUGAGUGACACCAAGACCAGCAGCUGUCAUGGGCUCCCCAGAGAGAAAACUCUUCCUUGAGUCUAUGGUUGGGUACCUCCUGGACACAAGGAGCACAGAGGCUCUGAAGUUCCUGCUGACUGAAGAGGAAGCCUGGAAACAGCUUGUGGAAGAAACUGGUUUGUCCAGAGAAGAGGAAAUUACCUUGCAUGAAACUCUUCGUGAGAUCACUGCAGAUCCUGAUGUAGAAGAUGAAGAUGAGCUCCAAAAUGACCUGCAGGAGAAGACAGAGAGGGAUGAGGAAGAAGCCUUGAGUGAAGCUCUUGGUGACACCAUAGUGAAUAGUGAUGUAGACGAUGAAUAUCAUCUCCAAAGAGAGCUUGAGGCGCAGAAGAGGUUUUUGGAUGUUUAUCCUCAGGUGAAACUGGAGCUUGAGCAGCACAUCAGGAAGCUCCAUGACCUUGCAGACAAGGUUGACAAGGUGCACAGGGACUGCACCAUCACACAAGUGGUGGCCAGCUCCACCAGUGCUGUGUCUGGUAUCCUGACAAUCCUUGGCAUUGCUCUGGCACCUGUGACAGCAGGAGUCAGUCUAGGACUUUCAGCCACAGGCUUAGGUCUGGGAGCAGCAGCAGCUGUGACGAGUGUUUCCACAAGCAUUGUGGAAACGGUAAGCACAGCGUCAGCGGAAGCUGAAGCCAGCCAGCUGGGGCCAACCAACCAAGACACAGCGAACACCAUUAAAGAAGUCACCCCCAGGCUUGUUUCAGUUUCUAAGAAUUCAUUCCAGAACCUAGAAGUCAUCAAGAAGAACAUUGAUGCCAUCAAGCUGGCCAAAGCCAACCCUCGCCUAGCUAAUAAUGCCAAGCGUCUCAUGACAACAGGGACAGUGUCAGCCCGAAAAACAAGACAGGUGCAGAAAGCCUUUGGAGGCACUGCUCUGGCAAUGACCAAAGGAGCCAGAAUCAUGGGUGCAGCCACAGCAGGCAUCUUCCUUGUGAUGGAUGUGGUCAGCCUUGUGGAAGACUCAAAGCAUUUGCAUGAGGGUGCAAAGGCAGAUUAUGCUGCAGAGCUACGGAAGCAGGCUCAGGACCUGGAGCUGAAGUUGCAGGAACUUAUCCAGAUCCAUGACAGCCUGACUCAGUAACCUCUUAGUGCAGCUCAGAGGACUGGGGGUGGGGGAUUACUGGACAGAGCCAUGCACACAUGAUAACUCCUGACUGUAUCCCCUUAACAGCAAUGCUAUUAUGGUGGUAGUGCCUGCUAGAGGGAGAGGCCACACUGAGAGAAUUGAAACCAGAACACAGAUGGAACAGGCUUGUGACCUCCUACUACACCCCAACUUUUAUCUCCAACAUCCCACAUAAGGACCAAGAUCCUAGACUGGGGAGCACAUCCAGGUCCUGACUAAGACACAGCAUGGCUACUCCUCAGUCAGGCCCCCACACUGCUCCUAGCUGAGACUCACCAUCCUCUCAGUCCACUGAGCUGCCAACUUUCCCACUGCUUUCUGGUUGUUUGCAUAAAGACCAUCUCCUCCUUCCUAGUUCAGCCUAACUCUGUGUAUCUCCAAAUAUUUCCACCUCUUGCAAUCAGACUCUGGAUGUGAACCCCAUUUCUUUGUUCAUGGUUUGAUCACGUGUAGUGAUGGGGAAAUGCUCAGAGGCUAUAAAGGAAAGAGUUCAUGGAGCAUUAUCUGUACAGUCAUCACAGGUUCUUGUCCUACGUGGCAGUCAUUGAUGCUACGAAGAAGGAGAGGUGACAGGAUAUGGCUGGUGGGUUCUGCUCUCUGCUACCAGACUCUUGGGGAAAUCUCAAGGUUUAAUUCCUACUGAAGUUUAAAAUCUGCUGUAGUUGCAUGAGAUCUGCUGACAUGCACAGGAAGGCUACACCUGUUCAAUAAUAAUAGAAGAAUAAAUUUGUAAACACUGA